CAGUUCCAGAUUGAUUGGACGGACUGACAAAACCAUUCACGAUGUACCUACAAAGAAGCGGAGACUCCAUGCCCGUUGAGGAUUCCUUUGUCAAGAUUGAGCCCGAGUUUGAGCUGGUGUUUGGUGAAAAUGAGCUCGAAGGCGGGAAGCGUAUGAAAGUCGUUGACAUAACCAACACGUCUUCUGGGCACGUUACGUUCAAGAUCAAGACGAAUAACAUCGACGGGUACAAGGUGAAACCGUUUUUCGGUAUAAUUCAUGCUGGCAACACAGUGCACGUCAAUGUGGAACAAAUUUAUGGGACAGUGCUGACUCCGUCGGACAAAUUGCUCGUCAUGACGGCAUGUAUAGACGCUAUGGAUAUGAGCCCCAAGGAACUAGUCGAACACUGGAAGACAGUGACGAAAGACAACAUGAAGGAACACAGGCUGCGACUUACGAACCAUACCGACUCCUUAUCUAAGCACGAGGUGAACGAAAAAGAGCACAUCAACUUCCGCUCUGUGGGAUCGGUGCUUUCCAAGGGAAAGACAGCAAAGGACGAAGCAAAAGUGGAAUCGUCCGUGUCAUUUGCACCAAUUAGGCAACAGCUGUCCAUAAGCAAGUCGCAGCUGGACGAGAUCGAAGAAUCCCUUACGGAAAUUCACAGUAAGUUCGACGAGCUUUCUACUGAAAUCCAGGCGAUUAGAACUAUGGUGAGCGAAAUCUGGAUACUCAGCGGGAUCUCGACCGCCUUGCUUCUAGCCAGCACCGCCUACCUGUACGUCGUCAAGACUUGUCUAUCCACCAAUGAAUGGUUCUGCUGAUAAAAAUGCACAGUUAUUCUGUGGGCGACGUACACAGAUCUACAGACGACGUCUUCUCCUCUGGCUACAUAUUCAAUGAUUGUUCUUUUACUCAGACAUGUAAAAUAUACUAUAAAAACUAAUUAAAACACUACAUUAAAUAC